UGCUUAUUGGGUGAACCGCCUCUCUAUCUUCCUUUUUCUUUCUGUCUUUCCCUUUUUAACCCAGAAAAUUUUGACCGAAAGGCUCGGCAGGUGAAUGGCCUUGUAGAUCGCUUAGAAUAAAUAAAGAGCGACUGACACAGAGCGAGAGAGAGAGAGGAACAGAGUGAGCAAGAAAGAAAGAAACACAGAGCAGAAGAGAGAGAGAGAAGGACAGCGACAGGAGGAAGAAGAAAAGAGGUACCCAUUUCUCAGUAAGAAAACGUCUGCUCUUUUAAUUUUUCCUUUCUCGGGAAAAUUUUGUGUUUUUAAAAUAUGACUGAUAAUUUGUUUAUUGUGUGGAGUGUUUGUUGUUUGUUCGUUUGUUUUCUUUCCAAUUUGAUAAUUUCUAUGAUGUUUCUAUAGAGAUUUGCGUCUUCUGGUCAGUGGGUGGUGUGGGGUUUUGGGGAAAGGCGAAAGUUCAUUGUUGAAAUUUCACUGUUGCAGUGUAAAAAAAAUAUACUAACAAAGACCGGCCAUUUCUCUCUCUCUCUCUCUCUCUCUCUAGUCUCCACCUUUUGAUUCUUUGGUUUUUACAGAUCGGGUUUGUCUCUGGGGAAGAAGGGUAGAGGGGAGGGAGAAAAAAUCUCGGCCAUAGAUUUGUGAUCCUUUGUUUUUUAUAAAUAGGGUUUUUGGGGGUUUAGUAACGCCCCUUCUGGCCUCUCUGCUUGCUCUCUCUCCUUCCUCUGCUCUCUCGCCUUCUGCGCUUCACACCUAUCUAUCUUGUUAGGCUUAUCGUUUUGGGUCUUUCCUCUCUUUGAAGGGAAACGAGGAGGAAGACAGAGCAGGAAGACAGCUCUCCGUUGUUCAGGAGCCGUGGGAUUUAUGUCGGCUGGGUUUAAUUUGGCUGUGAUUGGGGCUCCGCUGAAGCUCUCUUGUAUUUCGAUUUCUGCUUCUGCAAAAGUGAUUGUUUCCGUCGUCGUCAGCUCACUUUCCUCCGCCGUUGCCGGUCCUAGCCGCUGCUGCCGUCCCCGCUUCAUACAACUCUGCUGUCCCCAGCAGAGAACGGCGCCGAGGUCCUCGGUUGAUUCGAUGCGUUUGAGGCCAAAACGGACUUCUUCUGGUAUUGUGGAGUGCUUUGGGGGUUUUCACAUAAAUCGAUUUUCUCACUUAUUCUUGUUCUUGAGAGGGGGUCUCACUUGA